AUGGCCAGUUCCGAUGUGGCCGUGCAUUCGGACGACGACGGCGGCGGCGGCGGAGGCGGCGGCGGAGGCGGCGGCUACGCCAACAAGUGCCUGGAGAUCAGCGAGUUCAGCGUGGCCGCCACCAACAGGGAGCUCGUCAAUUUGGAGAACGCCGCCGUCAACAUCGAUAACUCCACCGAUGUUAUCAUCGGCCCCGUCACCCAGUUCAACGUCAACGGCAACGUGACCAUCUACCAGAACAAAGACGGCCUGCCAGUGGGAGUGCGGCCUCAGUUGGAGGAGGAACCCGCCGAGGCCGCUUGUCCUGCAGAUCUCAAAGCUCAAUCGCCACCAGACAAACCCCAAAAACAAGAAGACACAAACUACCUAAACCGAAGACGCUUCACCGUAAAGCUUUACAUAACAAUAGCAGGCGUACUAUUCGUCCUGCUGACCACCCUCACCGUCCUCCUCCUCACGGUGCUGAAGCACCAACCCCACGCGCCCGUCCCCGGCGUCCCGGCGCCGGCCAACACCUCGAUACCGAGCGACUUCGGCCGCAUCAACCUCUUCCCGAAGGCCGUGUGGAACGGCCGGCCGGCCGCCUCGCCCGUCCCCAUGCCCACCCCCGUCGACGUCGUCGUCAUCAAGCACACGGCCGGCGGCACCUGCCGCGACUUCGCCAGCUGCGCCAAGAAGAUGCAGGACCUGCAGAGCCAGGACUUCAACAGGAACCUGCCGGACAUCUACUGCAGCUUCGCCGUCGGCGGCGACGGCAACGUCUACGAGGGCCGGGGGUGGGACGCGAGGCCGCAGGAGCUCGACAACGCCAUCGACGUGGUGAUGAUGGGGAACUUCGUCGCCGACGAGUUCACGCCGGCGAUGGCGAACGCCACCAGGGCUCUGUUGCAGUACGGCGUCAGGAUCAACAAGCUGACGAAGGAUUACCGGGUGAUUAAUCACAAUCAAACGGCGAACGUGAUGAGUCCCGGGAAGAAUGUGGUUAAAGAGGUGGUCACGUGGCCGCAUUACGAUGGUACCAAUUACAUGGGUAUUCCUCUGAUGAUUGCGAAGCAUUCUCCGCCCGUCCCGAAGUAACGAUAAACUACACCAAACGCAUCGGCGCCAUGGCCGUCGUGACGCUCCUGACCAUCGGCGUCCUCAAGGUGACCAUCGAGGACCUCCACAUGCGCGCCCACCGCACCCAACCGCCCCGCGCCAACGACACCCCCUCGCCCACGCCGCCGCCGCCCGUCCACCGACCCAAACUGCUGGCCAAGCCGCAGUGGGGCGGCGUCGCCUGGCCCUACCUGCGGACCAUCCACGACAAGGUCCAGUACGUGAUCAUCAAGCACACCGGCGGCGAGUUCUGCGACACGGAGCCGCGCUGCCGCCGGCUGACCAGGGACCUGCAGCGGCGCGCCCUCGCCGCCGGCACCGAUAUCGCCUACAACUUCCUGGUGGGCGGCGACGGCAACGUGUACGCCGGCCGCGGCUUCCGCUACGCGAACACCGACGGCCCGUUCAGCUACGACGUCGCCAUACACGGCAACUUCCUCUACGAUCAGUUCUAUGAUUACAUGCAGGAGGCGACCAAGUGGAUCGUGCGGCUGGGCGCGACGCGCGGCUACUUGUCGAGGAAUUACACGGUGCUGUGCCAGAAUCAGACGGAGGACGUGCAAAGUCCCGGACGGAACGUCUACGCCGCGGUGAAGCACUGGGACCAUUUCAGUUAUGGACAAUUCAGUAUACCGAAGGGUGCGACGAACUCGUAG